AAGUUGAGUGCAUUUCAGCCAAGAUAGUUCUGGUUCUGAGAGAAACACCAGUGAGAAUUUGAUUGAUGCUUUACUUCAUAAUUUUGCCAUGAUCUGCAUUUAAUCAAUAAAUGAACUCGGAGUUGUGUUUGUGCUACUCACGGUACUGACUUACCCGGUUCUCUUAGAGCAUCCUUUACAAUGCACGGCUGACACACAUUUCCGCCCAUUCUGUUCUAAACCAACCACCACAUCACCCCAAAAGAUAAAGCUGGGUCACUCUAAUACACCAGUGUCUUAUUUCCUCUAGGUAUCAAACAGCACUGAAAAUGCUGUUAUUCAGCAUGUUAUUCUAGACAUUUACUAGACACAACAAAUCAAACUCUGGUGAGCAAGUUUUUGCUCAGAGACUCGAGGCAUCUGAAUUUUCUUUCACGUUCUGCAAGCUGGUGAUGGAAAGAAGAAAUGGGAAUAAAUAAGGGAACAGGCGCAUUAAUACAAGAGGAGGAUGUAGGGAAGAAAAGGGAGGUGCAACCAUUUCUACAUUUCCAAAAUAUUCAUUGCCUCACAUACCACCAACAGAUCCUGACUGAAGACAUCUUAACUCUUCCCUCUCUCGCAGGAUUUCAGGCUGUAUCGAUGGAGUCUCUCUCAGCAUCAACCAACAGCUUUGCUCUGGACCUUUACAAAAAGCUGAAUGAAACUUCCAAGGGCCAGAACAUUUUCUUUGCUCCUUGGAGUAUCGCAACUGCCCUCGCCAUGGUCUAUCUGGGUGCAAAAGGUGACACUGCAGCACAGAUGGCUAAGGUUCUUCAUUUUAACCAGACUGGAAGAGAAGAAAGUUCUUCUGAGACAACAAGGCCUUCUCUGGGGAGACCAAAGAUUGGAGAAAUGGGUCCUGAGCAUGAGGAAGCUGAAGACAUCCAUGCAGGCUUCAAAGAGCUCCUGUCUGCCAUCAACAAGCCCAGAAACACCUAUUUGCUGAAAAGCGCCAACCAACUGUUUGAGGAAAAGACCCACCCAUUACUGCCUAAAUUCUUGGAACUCAUUACAAGGUAUUACAAAGUAAAACCACAAGCUGUAAACUUUAAGACAGCUGCGGAACAAGCCAGAGCACAGAUCAAUUCCUGGGUUGAAAAUGAAACAGAAAGGAAGAUCCAGAAUCUGCUGCCUGCAGGAUCUCUUGAUUCUCGCACUGUCCUGGUCUUAGUAAACGCCAUUUAUUUCAAAGGAAACUGGGAAAAGAGAUUUCUGGAAAAAGAUACUUCUGAGACACCAUUCAGAUUAAGCAAGACCAGGACUAAGCCAGUACAGAUGAUGUUUCUGAGAGAUACAUUUUUGAUCCUUCAUGAAACAACCAUGAAAUUCCAAAUCAUUGAGCUGCCAUAUGUGGAAAAUGAAGUCAGCAUGUUCAUUCUCCUACCAGAUGACAUCAGUGACAACACUACUGGUCUGGAGCUGAUGGAAAGAGAGCUGACCUAUGAGAAACUGGCUGAAUGGUCCAACUCAGACAAUAUGAUGAAAGCUGAAGUAGACCUGUACCUGCCCAAGUUGAAGCUGGAAGAAAAUUAUGAUCUUAAAUCCACUUUGAGCAGCAUGGGCAUACGAAACGCUUUUGAUCCAGUUCAGGCUGAUUUCACAGGGAUGUCAGUGAAGAAGGACCUCUUCAUCUCAAAAGUUAUUCACAAAGCUUUUGUGGAGGUUAAUGAAGAAGGUACUGAGGCAGUAGCUGCCACAGGUGUCCUGGUGAUGAGAUCAAGAACACCUAAAGUAACUUUUAAAGCUGACCACCCCUUCCUCUUCUUUAUUAGACACAACAAAUCCCAAACCAUCCUCUUCUUUGGCAGACUCUGCUCACCCUAGUCAGCAUUACGCCCUGCCCUGCAGAGCAGCAGAUAGUGGUUUGCCAGCUCAGGGUAAAACCUGAUACUCCUGCUGCAGUUGGAGGGAUACCAGGACCUGGACU